CAGAAGCGAGGGGCUUCCUGUGCAGGUUGACACCAGAAGACACCAGAGUUAACUUCUCAUUCAGACAUUUGCCUCCCCAGCAGGCAGACACGCCUCAAAAGGUCUGACUUCCUCAAAUCGGCAGCGGGCCAGCCCGACAUGCACUGCAACUUCACGGGGACGCUGCUGGUCGGCGUGCUCCCCGCGCUUUUGUCCAUCGAGUUCAUCUUGGGGGCCCUGAGCAACGGCAUGGCCCUGUGGAUCUUCUGCUUCCACCUGCGGCCCUGGAAGAGCAGCACCGUGCUGCUCUUCAACCUGGCCAUGGCCGACUUUCUGCUCAACAUGAUCCUGCCCCUCCGCGCCAGCUACUACAGCUCGGGCGUCAAGUGGGGAUUCGGGGAGACGCUCUGCAACAUCUCGCAGUUCAUGCUGGCCCUGAACCGCACGGGCAGCACCCUCUUCCUGAUGGCCGUCGCCUUGGACCGCUACAUCCGCGUGGUGCACCCGCACCACUUCGUCAACUCCCUCAGCCCCUCGAAAGCGAUGUGCGGGGCGGCGGCGCUCUGGCUGAUCACCGUCUGCAUGACCGCCAAUACCUUGACCCUGCAGAACUUGCGCUCGGACUACUGUGAGAGCUUUCUGGUGGAAACCGUGGCCAAGGGGAACCGGCUGUGGCACAAAUUCAACUUUCUCUUCUCCUGCUGGAUGCCGCUCCUCGUCAUCCUGUUCUGCACCGUCCGCAUCAUCGUCCAGCUGAGAGGCCGGCAGCUGAGUCAGCACGGGAAGAUCAAGAAGGCCCUGUGGUUCAUCACCGUUGUGGUGGUGGUGUUCACCAUUUGCUUCUUGCCCAGCAACAUCACGCAACUCGUUAUAUGGAUCAAAACCCAAGAGGCCCUCAAGACCAUGUCGGCGCCUGAGGUGUGCGUCGCCAUGGACAACCUGACCGUGGUCUUCUACAUGACCGUCAGCCUCACCUACCUCAACAGCGCCCUGGACCCCAUCAUCUACUACUUCUCCAGUCCCACCUUCAAGAGCAUCUGCAGAAAGGUCCUCCAGCUGCCGCAGGCCGACACCAUCGACACCACGGAGAGGUGGACCCGGGAGACCGGAUCGCACUCGUGCAGUCAGAUUUAGAAAGCGAAAAUAAGAAUUCUUGAAACACUUGUCAUAAAAUGUUUCAUGUCAAGGAUUAAUGUUGCCUGCACUUUCACGGUGUUUCUGCUUAUCUGGACAAUAAAAGCACAACGGGUCUUGUGUUUAGCCAAAUUAUAUUCGGAUAUUCUUCACAUUUGUGCUUACGAAAUGUCAAGAUAUUUUCAGUUCAAUACAUUUUGCUACAAAACAUUUGUCCCAUCUAAAUGUCCUGAUAGCCCAAUCAUUACUGAAUUAUUUCAAAGGGACAUAUUUGUUUUCCUUUUUUUUUUCAUGUGCAAAAAGUCAAAAAAUUGAUGGAAUUCUAUUUAAAAAUGCUAAAAAUAGUUUCAUUUAUAAAAAAAUCGACUAUUGACUGAUGUGAAUAUUUUUUGAGUGUCACAGGCAAUUUUUUUUAGACACAGUAUACUUAUAUAUUUUUAAAAUAUCAUUCAAUCACAGGUUAUUUCAAUCACAAAAUGUUUCAAAGGGCUGCACAAACCACAACAACAUCAUCGGAUGUGAUCCCACAUCAUAUAUUUUUAUUAUUUGCAAUUAUAUAUAUUUAUUUUUUAUGUUUCCAAUAUGUCACACUUUUAUCAUUUUUAUUUUGCAAUUAAUUUUUUUAACAUUUUAUUCGACUCUUAUUACCGUAUUGCUUUUGCACUAUCUUGUUUAGUUCGUUCAUUGUUAAUGUUCUUUCUUUUUUUUGUUUUUGUUUUAUGCUCUAUGCUUUCUAACCUGUAAAGCACUUUGGUUCAAUUUAAAAAUGUUUCCCAUCUAAAUGUCCUGAUAGCCCAAUCCUUACGGAAUGAUUUUACAGGGACAUAUUUGCUUUCAUUUUUUUUUCUUUUAUGUGCAAAAAGUCAAAUAAAGUUGGUGGAUUUCAUUUUAAAAAUGUUCUAAAUAGUGUAAUUUAUAAAAAUAAUAAUAAAUAAAUCGACUAUUG